CCAUCUAUGUUGUUAUACACUAUGGUUAUCCGGUGGUCAUCUGUCACAUCGACGAGGUUGCGUGCAACAACUCCGUGUAAAUCGAUUCGGCGAGUUGAAAAACCAGCAGGUGACACGAUUUGACAGUUGAAAAAGGAUCCUCGUUUCGGACCAAAAUGACAGGACAUCUCUGAACUUGAACGAUAUCGUCGUCUCUCUCUCUCUCUCUCUCUCUCUCUCUCUCUCUCUCUCUCUCUCUCUCUCUCUCGUCAUCUACCAACCACGUGUAGGGGUUAUCUUUCUCUAAUAUUCUCGCGAACGCAACGGACACGUAGUCGUCAAUAAUGCAAAGUGUAAUAAAUUCGGUGAAAGGCACCGCUUUGGGCGUUGCCGAAUAUUUGACACCCGUGCUGAAGGAGAGCAAAUUCCGAGAGACAGGUGUCUUAACACCAGAGGAAUUUGUAGCAGCUGGGGACCAUUUAGUGCAUCAUUGUCCAACAUGGCAAUGGGCUACUGGUGAUGAAGAUAGGGCAAAAUCCUAUUUACCAAAGGGCAAGCAAUUCCUGCUUACUCGUAACGUUCCUUGCACACGUCGGUGUAAACAAAUGGAAUAUAGCAACGAGCAAGAAUGUAUUAUAGAAGCAGACGAUCCUGAAGGUGGGUGGGUAGAUACUCAUCAUUACGCUACUAGUGUUGCUGGCCUGGAUGAGAGAGUAACGGAAAUGUCUUUGGAGGAGACAUUGGAGGAGCCAUCUCGAACCCAUGACAAUGCAGAUGAAGACGAGGACGAUGAGGAUGCCGCUGAUAUGGAUGCUUUUGAAAUUAGUGGAAUGCUAGAUGAACAGGAUAAGCACACAGCGACGGAAAGUACCAAGAAAGUUGGUCAAGAGAAGCAAGACUCAUUUACAGAGGGAGAAAUUAUUCGUACUCGCACUUAUGAUUUGUACAUUACAUAUGAUAAAUACUAUCAAACGCCUAGAUUAUGGUUAUUCGGAUAUAAUGAGAACCGAAAACCACUUAAUGUAGAAGAGAUGUACGAAGAUGUUAGUCAAGACCAUGCUAAAAAGACAGUUACAAUGGAAACUCAUCCGCAUAUACCUGGUCCUCCUAUGGCUUCUGUUCAUCCUUGCAGGCAUGCAGAGGUGAUGAAAAAAAUCAUGGAGACUGUAAUGGAAGGUGGUGGAGAAUUAGGAGUGCAUAUGUAUCUCAUAAUAUUUCUAAAGUUUGUUCAAUCUGUCAUACCAACAAUCGAAUACGACUAUACGCAAAAUUUUAUGCUAAACGCAGUUGGUUAAAUGUAUCACACUAGUAUUAAAUUACAUACAUUACAAUUGUGAUUAAUAUAAAUCGCUUGCAAACUAUAUUUAGUGGAUACGCGGGAUAUAUAUGUAUAUUGAUGUUUACUACGCUUUUCAUCGUAAAUGCGAAGAUCGUAAGGAUAUUCGAAAUUAUAAGGAUUUAAGAAUGUGCAAUUAAGACUUCAUUCCACUUGAUGAUUGUAAUGUUUUUUUUUAUGAACAAUGAAAUGAUAUUACAAGCAUUGCGAUUACCAAAUGGAACGUGGCCUAAAUGUAUCUUGAAUUUGGGGAUCCAAAAAGAAGUCGUGAUUAUAAAUCUAAAAAAUCUAAAUAUCCUAUGUAAACAUCCACUCCCGAAAAUCCAAAAAUAUUACAUUGCACGGAUCUCAAACGUCGUUGAGCAUUUAAGGGGAUCCGUUUAUAUACUUGUUAAUUUUAAGUAAACGGACCGCAAGACUUUUUUUACAUUGCAAAAUACUGAAUUAUGAAAAUAUUAUUUACAACCGUUAGACAAUAAGUAAAAAAAUAAAAGCUACACUGAAGGCAACGAAGAAUUCAAUAUAGAAAGAAAUAUAAAAGUAAUUACCUAUUUCAUAUAUGUUAAUAAAAUUAAGCUAAUUGUUAGCUUAUUAUUUACAAAAAACAAGCUUAACUAUUUAUCAAAUUCAAUUAUAGUUAAUUAUUACGAAAAUAAAUUGGAAUUUAACGAAUACUAUUCCUAUAUGUGACCGAUUUAUUUGCGAAAUUAUAUCAUUCGAAAUAACGACUUGCACAAACGCGUGCGAAAUAAAAGCGAUUAAAAUUCAA